AGACUGUCGUCAAAUUCCAGCACAAAUGCUGAAGAUUACGAAGAUGAGGCUUUGGAUCCCCGAAUACAGGUUGAAUUAGAGAAAUUGAACAAAGCUUCAGAUGAAAUUAAUAAAUUAGAGCUAGAGUUAGAUGAUGCCAGAGCCAGCUUCAGACAAGUAUUAUCAGAUUCUAUACAAAAAUUAAAUGUAUUAGCUAAGAAACUAGGAUCUUGUGUAGAUAAAGCCCGACCCUAUUAUGAUGCCAGGGUUAAAGCUAAAGAGGUUCACAUGGAAACUCAUAAAGCAGCAUUAAGGUUUGAAAGAGCAUGUAGUAUGCAUGAAGCUGCUAAAGAAAUGGUACAAUUAGCAGAGCAAGGUUAUCAGAGGAGAGAACAAGAUGCUGAUCCAGCCUGGCAGGAGAUGUUAAAUCAUGCCACAAUGAAGGUAAAUGAGGCUGAAUCAGAAAGAAUGGAAAGUGAAUCUGAACAUCAGAGAACAAUGAUGUUAUUUAAAGAAAGUGAAGCUAAAGUCCAACAAUUACAGAAAGAUUUAAAACGUGCUAUUAAUAAAUCAAAGCCUUAUUUUGAAAUGAAAUCCAAGUUUAAUCAAAUAAUGGAGGAUCAGAAAGGUCGAGUGAGUCGGUUAGAAGAGGAUGUGACAUCAUCAAAAUCUCUUUACUCUCAAGCAUUACAUUCUCUCGAAGCUAUCAGUGAUGAUAUUCAUCAACAAAGACUUGAAAAACAAAAGAAAAUCCAAUUGGGUGUCAGAGAGGCAGGGGUAGGUGCAGAAUCGCCC